AUGCGGCCAUCUCUCGUUGACUUUUACACUACUCGUUGGCCGUCUCAGCUUUUCGCAUUUUCGGGCAUGUACCUGAUCACUUGGGCCGGUAUUGGCAUGAAUAUGUACUAUGCCAUUCUCAACGGAGGGCCUGUCGCAUAUCUGUUCAACUAUCUCAUCGUGCUGACGGGCGUUUUGGCUCAAGCAGCGUGCAUAGCCGAGUUAGCAUCCAUCGUUCCAUCGCCGGGUCGUUCGACGUGGUUAGGAUACAUUGCGACCCUCGCGUCCGCAAUCAACAAUGGUGUUAUCAACCUCGAGGCGGCUGUAUCGAUAAACUGGCCCAACAUAGAAUGGCUGGGAUGGCAUACUACUUUGCUUUGCCUCUGCAGUUUGGCCUUUUGCCUCGUCAUUAAUCUUUGGUUCUUCCCUAUUGUACCCUGGCUGGAACUUGUCGUUGGUAUUUUCAAUGUUUGUUUUUUCUUCAUAUAUCUCGUCGCGCUCUGGGUCCUGUCGCCUCGCAACAGUGCCGAUUUCAUCAUGACGAGGACCAACUUUUCCAGGUGGGAUAAUAGUUAUAUAUCUUGGAAUGUUGGCAUGCUAACGCAAAUAUGGAUGUUCAUCGGCCUGGAAUGUGUCAUUCACAUGGGAGAGGAAACGAAAAAUGCUAGGCGCUCAGUGCCACAAGCCAUGUUUUGGUCCAUUGCGGCUAAUGGUGCAUUGGGCCUGAUAAUGGUCUUCACAUACAUUCUGACUUUGCAACUUCGGAUUUGCAUGCCUCCGAUUGAAGACCUCAUAACAGCAUACAACCCGUUCAUCUAUCUCAUCACGGUCUCAACUGGCUCCAAGGUAGUAGCCACAGUCAUGGCGACUGGCCUUGUGACAAUUCUCAUUGGUUCAAACAUGUCGCAUCGUGUACCCAUGCGCGCUGUCCUCUUCACCUGCCUCAUUGUGGCCUUCAUGGCGUUACUGAACAUCGGAAGCUCGACCUACGUCGCCUUCGGCGCUCUGACCUCACUUUCCUCGCUCUCUUUGUACUUCAGCUAUGCCAUCAUUUUUUCCAUCUCCUUGCAUACCCGCCUCACAUGCGGUCUUGCAGCUGGUGAGUGGAGCAUAGGGCGAUGGGGAGUGUAUGUGAACGCCUUUGCGCUAGUGUAUACCCUGUAUACCAUGAUUUGGCUUCCAUUCCCCACUACAGUUCCUGUCACGGCGGGAACGAUGAAUUACUGCGGUCCUGUCUUCCUUACUGUCAUGAUCGGGGCUCUAACUGCUUGGAUAUUUUGGGGAAGCAAGCACUGGCCGGGACCGAACCAAGGAGUUGUCGAAAUCGUCCUGCGCAACUCGGGGGUAAAAUAG